AUGCUCUCUGGCUUGUUACUCGCGACGAAGAAGGCACUCUGGCCGCACGCACUGAAGCACGCGGUUUAUCUCCAUAAUCGCCUACCCCACUCUUCGCUCGGUCACCUCACGCCAUACGAGGUUGCAUUCGGGAUACACCCAAACCUCAAUAUGUUAUUCCCUUGGGGUUCGAUGGUGUGGGUGAAGUUGCGAAAGGGGCUGCCAAAGAAGCUAGGGGAUAUGGCAGUGAAGGCUCACUUCGCCGGAGUUAGCGACGAGUCGAAGGGUUGGGAGGUGCUAUGGCCGGGUACUCGCAAGAUUACCACCGAGCGCAACGUCUAUAUGACAGUUGACGACGUGCUGCGCGACAAGCCUGUCGGCAGUGUGGGAGGGGAUGAUGGUGAGGACGACGAUUUGUCGCCCGAGUUCGCUGUCUCCAAGCCCGCGCACAUCGAGCCCGUGCCUGCACCUGUAGUCAAACCACCUGCCGACAAGCUCCCGCCACCUGCUGCUGUGGCACCACAUGCCCCACUCCCUGCACUCGAGAAGAUCGACGAGGUCGAUGAGGAGGAGGACAAGGAUGAGAAGCAAGAGGUCGAGGAUGACCUCCAUCUCGAUUCGCCAUUGACGACUCCACCCGCUUCUCCCAAGGUACACGCCCGCCAGACUGCAGAUUGCGAGAUCACAUCUCAGCCACUCAAUCCGGAACUUGGCCGCGUCGCCGAAAUUAUCGGCGAAGUACCAUCUGGCAUGGGUUUUACGUCUAGUGAGGUUGAUCCGACUGUGGUAGCUGCCGCUGCGCGCUCCAAUGGUUUACCUCGUACAUUGACAGAGGCGUUGAAGCUCCCAUCGCCGAAGUGCGAGCUUUGGGAUGCUGGUGCAGGUGCGGAAUACGGUCAGCUGGACAAGCAGAAGGUGUUCAAGUACGUUGACGAAGCGACGUUGCCACCUGGCACGCAGGUUCUCGGCACUCGCAAUGUACUGUUGGAGAAGCGCAAUGAGAAAGGCGAGGUCACAAAGCUCAAGGUUUGGAUGGUCAUGCAGGGUCAUCUGCAGAGUGUGGUAAUCGGUGAUCAUACCAUUGAGGUCUUCACCAGCAUUCUGAAACCCUCGACGAUGUGCAUGAUCUUCGCUCAUGGUGCGACCCAGGACUGGGUGUUCUGGGGUCUUGACAUCCGCAAUGCCUAUCUGCAUGCACCCAUGACUGACACGGUAUACGUCAGGCUCCCGGAGUUGUACGAGAAGCAUAACUUGGAGUAUGCUCAGCUCAUUGCUGCCAAUCCGGGCAUGUCGAUCGUCGCUCAGCUCCUCAAGGCGCUUUACGGUACGAAGCAGGCUGGUCGCCUCUUCUAUAAGCACCUACAUGGUUUCUUCGUCCAUAUUGGGUUCGUCGUUUGUGGUGCUGAUGAGGCCGUGUUUGUCUGGCACUCAGCGAGCGACGCAGUUAUAGCCGCUACUGCCACCGAUGACCUCACAUGCACGGCUCCACGCGAAUCGCUCAUCGAGUACCUCAUCGCGUGUCUCCUGCAUGUUGUACGUGACCGUGAAGCUCGCACGGUCUCGCUGGGCCAGCAGGCUUAUGCUCACGAGUGCCUGAAGCGCAUGGGCAUGGCUGAUGCCAAACCGCUCGCGAUGCCACUUGAGCCUGGGCUGGAUCUUACACCCGGUGCAAAAGGCAGGAGGGAGAUUCGCCUAAGCGAGUGCUCGCACGUGCUGUAUCGCAUGGGCGUCGGUCUAUUGAUGUACCUGGUCAUCAUGACGCGCCCUGAUCUCUGCUUCGCUGUCAACACCCUAUCGCAGUACCUCGACCAGCCUACGAAGACGCACAUGGAUGCCCUCAAGCAUGCAUUCCACUACCUUGCUGGUACCAUCGACUAUUGCCUUGUUCUCGGCGGUCGUAGUGUCGAUGGUCGCGUCAUCGGCUGGUGCGACUCGGACUGGGCGACUCAGGCCCACCGUCAUUCGAUCUCGGGUUAUGCGUUCUUCCUGGGCCAUGGUGCAAUUACCUGGUCUUCAAAGAAGCAGACCAUUAUCGCGCUCUCGAGCACCGAGGCAGAGUACGUGGCGCUCACGCACGCCGCGCGCGAGCUGUUAUGGCUGUGCCGACUGGUCUUGAAGUUGUUCCCAGAGCAGGCACAAGUCAAGCCAAAUGUGCUGCACUGCGACAAUCAGGGUGCUGGCUUCUUGGCAAAGGACCCUGUUUAUCAUGCUCGCUCGAAGCAUAUCGAGAUCCGGUACCACUUCAUCCGCCAGAUCGUGGAGCUCGGCAAGGCUGUUGUCAAGUAUGUGACCACCGACAAGCAGGUUGCUGAUGGGUUGACGAAGUCGCUGAAGCGCGAUGAUGGGUCUCCAGGAGAUGAAGGAUUUGAAGGAAUAAAAGACCUGGGAGGGUUUCCGUCUUGUUGA